UAAACAGUAAACAAAUGUCCCCAGUCCGCGCGCCCACACAUCUACGUCCUCUAUCAAACGUCGUCUUGAGAGUCAAAGAAAAGGCUUUUAACCAUGAAAGUACACCAGUUUAAUGCUUUCUAUCGAUCCUUUGAGGCCGUAACGUCUCAAGAACAAACAACGACUUGUUGCCUUGUUAGUUUUCUCAGGCUGACAAUCCCGAACUAAUCCCGAUCCCUUGUUCAACCGGUGGCUAGGCAGAAAAUUCCGCACGGACCAAACGAAACACGAUAAUCAAUUCUCUCCUAUCUCAAUCAUGGCAGAUCCCUCACGGUUGAAAAUCAUCAAAGAUAAUCCUAUUGGGAAAGGCCUGGAUACUUUCCGCGCUUCGUUUACCUCGGUCUGUAAAAAACAGAGCCUCCCCCUGGCUCUCGACUCGCUAGGCAAGCUCGAUCAUAAUGGUAGUACAACCCAGUUGUGUUGACGUGCAAUACUGACUAUUUUGCAGGGCUCCAUACCAUCACUUUUGUGCUUCUCUCGAUGUUGCAGGUCCUUCCGGCCGCUUUUGUGCUUUCUUCCCGCGGUGGAAAGCCCCUUUCCAGCGAACUGCUAAGACUAAAUUCGGCGAUCGAUUCCAAUCGAGAUGACUCUGAUCUCGACCGUUUUAAACCUCUCUUGAAGGCAGCGCUCGCAGAAAAUCUCGACGAUGUGCUCAUCUGGGAUCAGGUCUACAGCGCCGUCAUCCAAUCCACCCCGCCUCCCCAAUCGAUAGCAGUUUUCCUUCGACAGACCCCAUUGAUCCGAAACAUAAGCAGCUUUGCGAAUACUUCUGAGUAUCGUAAGCACGUGGGUGGGGUGCUUAAAGAGGAGCUUGGCCCUAUGUAUGUUGGGCUCCACAAUUUCUACGAGACAUAUUUUGGAGAUGUUGCAGACCUUGAGACGGCUUCUGCCGCGGUUUUCAAGCUAUGCAUGGAAGGCGAUAGUCACUCACUUUUUUGUGAAGGGUGGCGUGGAUGGCCCGAGGAUGCAAAUCAGGAUGAUGUCUUGAGCUGGUUUUCGGAAAUAACCGAGAAGCUGGCAGCAUUCGCAGAGGACUACAAGUCCACACCGACACGUCACCGAAGGCCACUGGCACAGCCCAGCAGGCUGGUUGGCGGUUCUACAGCAAAGCGCAAGGUUGACGUCUGCUUCGUGAACGAUCACAAGGCUUUGAAAGACUCGGAAUACCAUUGGUCCAAGAUCCUCGUGCCAGGGGAGCUGAAGAGCAACCCAUCAGCCGAUAUAGCUUCAGAGGCAUGGCUUGAUCUCGGGACGUAUGCAAGAGAGGUGCUCGCUGCCCAGGAUACUCGUCGCUUCGUUUUGGCAUUUACCAUUUGCGGAUCUCUUAUGAGGGUAUGGGCGUUUGAUCGGCUCGGAGGGAUUGCAUCCAAACAAUUCGAUAUCAACAAAAAUGGCUUGCAAUUUGUAUCCACGAUCCUGGCAUUUUUUUUGGAUGAAUGAAGAACAACUUGGAUUCGAUCCUACAUUUAUUACAGAAAAUGGUUUGCGGUUCAUUGAAAUUCAACGGAAUGGUAACACGGAGCGACUCAUUAUCGAUGGCUUGAUGAUGCGGGCGCGUUGCAUAUCAGGCCGGGCAACGACUUGUUGGAAGGCCCAUCGCGAGGGAGAUCCGAACAACCCGCUUGUUAUCAAGGACUCCUGGCAGUACACGGAGCGUGAGGAAGAAGGAGAGUUGCUCCGAGAGGCGACUGACAAGGGUGUGCGCAAUGUAGCCCGAUACUAUCACCAUGAGACUGUCCGGGUUUUCGGUAUGGAUGACGACGUUCAAAGCAAUGUUCGGAAGGGACUGGAUGUCACGAAGGCGGAAAAUUACUGGCCGGGACGUUUCGUGAUAUCCCCAAGAACGAGUACAACUGGUGCAAGGAAAGGUCGCAGCAGUGGCACCCCCCGUAUGAAGCGGUUAUCCAGCCAGACUGACGCCCCUCUGCCGCCUAGCAAGCGAUCCUGUUCGACAUCUUCGACGAAGGCCGAAAGUAAUGUUUUAUCAAAUCGAGUGCAUAGGCGUGUCAUCCUUGGUGAUUAUGGGGACCCGAUCUACAAGGCUAGCACCCCAGCAGCUCUACUCAACGCGCUGAAGGACUGCAUUGAAGGGCACGAGUCUUUGCAUAAGGCCGGCUUCCUCCACAGAGACAUUUCAAUCAACAACCUCAUGAUUAAUGAAGACAAAGAGAACCCUUCCUGGCCUUCGUUCUUGAUCGACCUCGACCUUGCGAUCAAGGAAACACGGGUGGAGGCUUCUGGCGCCAGAGGCAGGACUGGCACUAGGGCUUUCAUGGCUAUCGGGGUCCUCUUUGGCAGGCAGCAUUCCUUUAUGCAUGACCUCGAGUCAAUCUUCUGGGUGCUUUUUUGGAUCUGUAUUCAUUAUAAUGGACCAAAUCAGGGAAUGGUGGUUGAAGAUUUCGAGAACUGGAACUAUGUGAAUAUGAAAACGUUGGCCAGACUGAAGUUUGGUAUUAUAGGGGAUGAGGCGCUGCUCAUGGACGCGGCCACUGAUAAUUUCACGCCUUAUUUCCAGCCGCUUAUUCCAUGGGUGAACAGGUUGCGGGAGGUUGUCUUCCCGAAUGGCAUGUGGCAUAGACAGAAUGACAAAAGGCUCUACUCCCAAAUGAAAGAGAUUCUCCAAGAGGCAUGCGAGAACUUGACUUGAUAGACAAGCUUGAUGGAAGGGAUAUCGGCUGUUAUCGUGACCUGGCGAAAGAUCGACGACACUGAGACUCGCAGGCAUCUGCAGGACCGAACCAAUAAGCCAAAAAGCAUGGUCGGGGCAUGUGGGCCUGGCAAUUCAUGGGACAUGGGCAGAGCAAAUGUAUUAAAGGAUUUCAAGGCCUAGCGAACAAAUCGCAUUGUUGUGAACGGUUGCAUAUCUACUUACGUGAGAACAUGCGGGUUUCUCUGGCCGAAAAGCAAAGGGAGUUAGUAUUCGAGCUCAGAUAUUGUCGCGCUUGACUUUCGAAUCUCGGGAGGGCAUGAUAAGGUCCUGCUGUUGUUCUUAGCAGCCGUGCAAAACCAUAACGUAGAUCAACGAGCCUAAGAUGUCAACUAGGCGACCAGCUGAAGCGCCGGGAAUGGAACGGGCGCUCCGGUCACAUUCCAUUUGGGUCGGAGAUUUGCGGCCUGCGAAAAAGUCGUCGAUGGCCCGUUGAGCCCAAGAGUUCCGUGAGGGAUGAGGCAGGUUCCAAGGCAGCAAACACCCGAUCAGCCUCUUUGAAAAACUUGCAAAUUUCAAGCACUGCAACGCCUGGCCAACUUGAUUGCUCUACAAUCAUUGGAUGGACCUUAGGAGAAGACCAACAUGGAGCUUCUAGCUGCCGCAACGUACUGUGAUGAUGGACGAGAAAGAUCUCACUGGCUUUAGCCCGCCCCGAAUUACAAGAGUCAUAUACAAAAUAGAAGGCAGCUUCAAAUUUGAUACUAUUUAAUUUUAUUACAUACCAUAACCUUCCAUACGAUUUCAAGAGUCUAGUUUUGUGAUAGCUUUUUGGGGUUCAGCAAUCACUUUCACUGUAUUUGCAUCAUCAUAUACAGGUCAUAAAUUUUUCUGAGGGGUAUCGAACGGUGUAGGAUAAUUUAAGGGUAGAGAAGAUUUCAUAUAUAGAGUGAGAAAAUAGAUGUUUCAAAUACCUUUUGGUUAAAUCCUCGUUCUCUUGUAAUUGCUGACGAGAAAUCCUCAAAUGCCCAUGGGUAAGGUUAUUUAUUUAACAAUAUAAAGUUA